AUGUUCAAUUCUGGUGACGUGUUUCGAUAUAGCCUUGGUCUAUUUGAAUCAAUACAGCUCCUUCCGCAGUUUACAGGCAUCACUGGGACGAGAAUCAUCACAAACGCGCCCAUCGCUGUAGGCGCAGGAGCGAAAUGUUCGAACGUCCCUGAAGGUGUUAAGUACUGUGACCAUAUAGCUGAACAACUAGCUCCGUUCCCAUCAUGGGGAAAGAAGUUCCUGCUGAGCCCUUUUGUCAGUCGUGGUUCGGGUUAUGUUUUCCAAGUUGUAGCAGGUCGCGAUCGAACCACUGUCCUCUAUAACGACACAGUUCUGAGGCUGAACAUGGGUGAAUUUCGGACAAUAGAUAUUCCAUCUCAGACCAUGGAGUUUGUCUCUUCUGACAAACCGAUAACAGUUAUGCAGUAUCCUAAAGGAAAAACAAGUGAUGGAACUGAUAAUAGUGACCCAUCAAUGAUUCGGGUUCCGCCGAUUGAGCAGUAUGUUUUGGAGGCAACUUUCCCGGUUUAUGACUUUGCUGGAGAGUCCACGCAUAUUGAUAGCAUUCAUCUCGAACUGACGGCAGAAUGCAAAUACCUCCAAAACAUCUCCAUCUUCAAAGACUUCCAACCGUUGUCGGUGACAUGGAUGGAGAACUACACUAUGGAGAUACUGGACGGGACAAUGAUGUGCUCACAGUGGGCAGUGGUCAGUGGCGGCUCAUAUCUUCUGCGAAGUCAACAGAUGGCCACCACAGAGGGUCAAGCAUUCUAUCCCAGGUUUCGUGCUGUGGUCUACGGGACCGGUUCUGACGAAUCCUACCUGUACCGCGCAGCGUCUGGAGAUAGACCGCUGACCUGCACCUUUAACCCCAUUGGAACAGGGCCUGCAGAAGAACACGAUUGUCCAAGUUUUACCGUGUAA